AUUAAGAGUGAAAAUUAGUCUAGAUGAAAGCAUUUCUAGUCAACUUUUAAGGAAAAUUUGGCUAUUGCAGAAUUUUGUUGCCUUGAAGAAUCAAGUAUUUUAAUCAUAGAUAAACCGUUUUUCGUUUGUUGAGGUUAGGGUUUAACUCUCACAUUUCUUCAUUUUGUUCCUUGUCAAAGUCAACCCCUUCUAGCGGUUGGUGAAACGUCCGUAUUCUGUGGUACAGUUGAAAAUGUGAAGUUUGUAAAAAAUAUUUUGGAAAAUUAGCUUUAAAACAAAUAUGGAGUAUACCGUCGAAAAUUUAGACAAAGCCGUAACAUUAUUUUAUCGAACGGAAGCGCAACAGCAAGUCGAAGCACACCAGUGGUUAACUGAAGCACAGAAUUCGUCCCAAGCAUGGAGUUUUGUCUGGGAAUUAUUGAGUCCCCAGCGGAGUUUUCAAGUCCAGUUUUUCGCCGCCACCACUCUACAUACCAAACUUAUGAAAUACUGGAACGAAGUUCCCGAAGAUCACUACGAGCCGCUCAAAAAACGAAUUUUGGAAGCGAUUAUAGGUUAUGCAAUGGGGCCCAAAAUUGUUUUAAAUCGUUUAUGUAUCGCCUUAUCCGCGUAUAUUAUCCACACUAUACCAACGCACUGGCCGAAAGCGUUCGAAGAAUUGGUGUCCAGUUUUCAGCCCCAACAUUUACCUAACGUAGAACCGGAACGGGUGAUUUGGAUUCUUUUGGAAAUUUUGACUGUGAUACCGGAAGAGUUUCAAAGUACCACGAUGUCAGUAAGUCAGAGAAAUCGCGUGCGAGUGGUUCUGCAAGAAGUGUCCAAAGAUAUUUUAAAAGUAGUAGAGAUGUGUUUAAUGCCUCUGCCGACGCAAGGCUUUGAUAUUCUAAAUUUAAUUACGUACUUGAACGCUACAAGAUGCGCUUCCGCUUGGAUCCAGUUGGGUGGGUUGAAUAUUGAAGAGUGUGGCUCUAUCAUAGACCUCUUGAUAGAUUUAACUUGUUUCGUUUAUUGGCACAAAGGCGACCCCGAAUGCCUAUCGGGCGAAGAAAUCGAAUUGACGGAAGUCACAGUUGAGGCACUUACCGCUGUAAUUCAACACCCGCACACAACUAGGUUCAGGAACAGUGUCAACAAGCACGCGGCUUCUAUAUUGUACAAAUUUGAGAAGAUUCUGGAUGCCGAACGUUCUUGUAACGAUCUAAAUAAAGAUGUAGUGGCCAAUCUUUAUGGAUUAAUUAUAACUUUAGCGGAUACCCAUUCGAAAAUAUUUAUAGAGAAUCUUAACCUCAACAACACGGAAGAGCAAAAGGUUAGCUUUGAUCUUUUCCACUGUAUCUUAAAGUGUACAGAUUUGCCCGGUCUUUAUCCCGUGGAUGAAUCGGCGAGCACCCUAACAUUUGGCUUCUGGUAUACUCUGCAAGACGACAUACUGGGGUUGGAUACUGCCCAAUGUGCCCAGCUGUUACUUUUAAUUAAACCAUACUACAGGAACUUGGUGUGCAUAUUGCUGCGCAAGUCUUUGCUUCCAAUUGACGACAGCGGAUGGUCCCUGGACGAUAAAGAGGUGUUUCGGUGCUAUCGGCAAGACAUUGCCGACACUUUCAUCUACUGUUACAACGUUUUGAAUUUGGAAAUGCUGGAUAUACUGACCGUUAGACUGAACGAAUCGUUGGCUCCUAGCCCGACCAACUCGGGUGCAGAGCCUUUGAAGUGGAACGAAAUCGAAACGUGCCUGCACGCGUUCGGUGCAGUGGCUGAGAGUAUCGAAAUGGAAAAUUUAUACCUACCCAAAUUAAUGGCGACCAUCAAAAGUAUCCCCUUUAACGUGCUGCGGGUAAAAGUGUUGACGACAGCAUUGGAAACGGUCGGGUCUUAUUCGGAAUGGUUGUCCGAUCACCCGGAAGUGUUAACUAGUGUGUUUCCAUUGGUGGUAUCGGCUUUGGGCAAUCCGGAGGUCGCUACGAGUUCGACGAUGGCGUUGAAAGACAUCACUCAAAGUUGCCAAAAGUUCGUAGUGCCCUACACGGAUCAUAUUUUAAUGUCCGCUCAAACGGCGUUGCAGAGUGGGGCCUUGAAGCUUAGCGAGUGUCGGAGAUUGAUGUUUAGUAUUGGCAGAGUGCUGAGCGUCGCGCCAGUGGACAAAGUGAUGAGGUAUCUGAACGACAUUCUUGCGCCGACAUUCCAAGAUCUCCAGAAGCUCGUGAAUGCCGAACCUAGUGUCAGCGUGACGACUUUCAUCAUGACGAAGCUGAAAAUAUUGGCGGCGCUGUUCGGCUCGCUGCACGUCGAAACCGACGAAAAAGCGGAUCAACCUAUAUUCGUUUUGAUGCGAACUACGAUGCCCUUAUAUAGGUUAAUAGCCGAAAGGUACUGUCGCAACGUGGAGGUUAUGACUGACUUAAGCUCUCUGUUAAAAUACGGCGUGACCAAUUUAAAAGACGAGUGCAAACCGUUGGUGAGCGAUAUAUUGGAGAUCGUGGUGCAGAUAUAUCGUGAGUGUCCACAGGGACACGUCUUGGUAGUGGUGGAGACCGUGGUGAUACUGUUCGGUAGAGAAGACGCGUUCAGAACUAUUAACCGGCAACUGGUCAGCGAGAUAUGCAACACGACUUUGCAGCUGUGCGCUCGGUGUAACAGCAAUAACCAGUUGUCCGACAUCAGCGACAUACUCGAAGGAUUUUUUACGAUGAUGUCGCAACUAACCAAAAAGCUACCGCAGCUGAUUCUGUGCAACGAGAUCGACGUGGUGGGGGUGUUUCAGUGCGCCAUUUUGUGUCUGACGCUGCCCGAAACGCAAACGAUCAAGGCCGUGUCGAGUUUUCUGGUGAACUUCAUCACCCAAAGCCGGGAGGUGUCCCGAUCGGAAAUCGUCCACAAUCACGGUCAGGGUUUAGUUUUAAGGAUUUUGUUAAAUUUGGGGACGACGGCCCCCCGGCUCACGAUAGAGAUGUACAGUGACAUAAUACUGACAUUGAACAAGAAGUACUGUGAUAGUCUGACUCGGUGGUUGAACGCUUUGCUGGCGCAGGAAAAUUUCCCUUCGUCGAAGAUCAGCGCGCAACAGAAGGAGGCUUUCGUUAAAACGGUUUUGCGGGAGAAAGCGAACAAACGGAAGCUGUGCGACGCCGUUUUGGAGUUUACUCUGAUUUGUAGGGGCAUCCUCAAAUACGACGCCACUGUGCCGUAAUUAGUGUUUAGGUUUCAGUAGGUCGAAGUUGUGUAUUGUAAUCGAUAAGACUGUUGCGUGUGCGGCCUACAACGAAUUUAAUGGCUUGCAAAUAGAAUGGUGGUUUAAAAAAACAAGAACUAUUAAAGUAACAAUUAACAGCUUCCUCCGAAUCGUAUACAUUUUCAAGCGUGUCCAGGCCAAUUAAACUUUUCAUAUCAUAAACACUUGUGUUUAUUUGUCGCACGUAACUAUGAAAGCAUAUAUUUCCCUCUCUGUCUUGUGAUUUGUUAGUAGCGUGUGUGUGUGUGUGUGUGUGUGUGUAUUAGACUGUGAUAAUUAUUGUUAUUUUCACUUGUUUUACUCGAAUGUAUUUGUAUACUGCUUAUUAGUUUGGGUUUUUUUCUAAUAUGUACAAUCCCUUUAAAUUUUGACUACUUUUCAAAUACUCCAGAAUUUAGAAUUUGAGUAAAUGUGUAAUUUUUACAAUUGUCAAAAUAGAUACCUACUUUAAAAUUGUUCAAUUAUUACGAUUAGUGCGAUCCCGAAGACACCUAAUUUCCGUAGACUGUCACUAAACGGCCACGAUUAAAGGUUUAAAUGGUCUGAGCUAUAGCAACCAUAUAGAUAUCGGAGUCCAAGAUAAACCACAUUUAAAUCUUAAAUUAGCAUAUACAUAAGGCAACCUUUUCGUUACCGACCGCAAACGAGUUAUCAAAUGGGCCACCUUUUUCCAAAGGCAUGAUAAACGCAAAGAAAUAAUCACAAAAGACCAAAAUGGUCCAAAUUUGAAAGACAUUGUUUUCGUAAAAAUAACUUUUCCAGGGAAAACGACAAUGUUGCAACAAUGUAAGAAAGUAUCAUAGCCACCUGGGACGCAUCAAUUUUUAGCGCGGUACUGUCAUUAUAUUAUCAUGAUCAAUAUCAACCGUCACAGAUGCACUGAGUCUCCUUUAAAGACUUUUCCAUUGUCGAAACUAUUGAUGUUUAGGACAAAUUAGUUAUUUUUAACGCAAGAAGUAAUGAAUUUCAAAUUUAUACCUUAAAAUAAUUGGGCAAAUUCUCACGUUAUAUAAAUGACGCGUGGAGCAUAAGCAAUUAUGAAUAUGCUCCCAUUAGUAAUAAGGUUUUAAUUAAAAAUAGCAAUGUUGUAAGGAACAUUUGGUGGUAUCUAACUAGCACUAACAUUUAUGUUUAUUAACGUUUACACUGCGGUUAGAAGAAAAAAUCGUUCUUUAUAUCAAAUUUAGACUUUGUAAAAUGUCGAAGCACUUUUCUUUCUUUUCGCUGAAUAAACUUAAUAUUUAGUGUGCUCUCGUGCACGGUUUUGCAACACUAAAAGUGACAUUAAUUGGAGUUCUAAGUUGUUAAUUGUUAUUAAAUAGUUUAGUUCUUUUUUAUAUUGAAGCCACCAUAAAGUUGACAUUUUUCAAAUGUAUAUUUAUCUCCAUCCCAAUUUCCCGGUAGGAUUUUAAAUAAAUUUACCUAUAUGUAUAAAGUUACCAUAUUACAUAAUUUGUAUAUAAAAAAUGUAAUAAAAACUAAUAGACCUUACCAUUAUUUUUUCAUUUAUUUCGCAAUAAUGUAGAAAAUGUAACGUAUUUUUGAAUCCUGUGAUAUAUUGGGUUUUAAUAAUAAGCGAUACGCCACCUGGUGGUCAAAUCUGAACUCACUCGGUAGUACAUUGAGAUUUUUAAUUUAAAAACGCUAUUGUUCAGAACUAUUUUUUGGAGCGCCAAGUGGUUGGCUUUCUUGUCUACAAAUUGUGCAGAGUUAUUCGUAAUAUUUUUGGUGUACCGUACGUAUAAUUUAUCUUGAUAACAUUUUAA